AUGAACAUUGUGAGAAAACUCAAUUUAAUGGUACCUUGGAGUGUUUUCUCAUUUCCUAUACUGCUGUUUUCACUACAAGGAUACAUUUCUGCAUCAUCUAUCCUAACAGAAACAUCAGAAAGUGAGUUUCAUGAAAAUGAACAGAAAAGAACUCUGUUAGCAGUACAGUUUGAAGCAACCUCUCCAAGAUACUUUUUCCAUGAAGCUAUAAAUUGGGGCGAGAGUAAAAUAAAAGGUUCUUGUCCUCAUGAAUGCCUUAACGGGGCUUUCUGUUCUAAGACCGGUACGUGUGACUGUCAAAUAUUCCAAGCUCUCGGGACAAGGUGCCAGAUUGUCCCAAACAUGGGAAGUGGCAGAGAUGGGAUUUGCAAAACCUGGGGACAGUAUCACUUUGAAACAUUUGAUGGAAUCUACUAUUACUUCCCAGGAAGCUGUUCUUAUAUAUUUGCAAAGGACUGUGGUAAUUUGGAGCCUCAGUACACAGUAUGGGUCCAUAACAGCCCAAAGUGCCUUGGCUCCGUGUAUUCUUGUUAUCGUUCAAUCAGCUUAUUCUUUUCAAACCAAGAGGAAAUUAGAAUAUAUGGUCAUGAAAUAAAAAUGAAUGGAAUCAGUUUAUCUUUGCCUCAGACAGUUGGCCAGGUGUACAUCGAGAAGCUAGCUGACUACAUUCUGGUGAAAACUACCUUUGGCUUUUCGUUGGCUUGGGAUGGAAUAUCGGGAAUUUACCUCAAACUGUCUGAGGAGCACAAAGGGAAAUCCUGUGGCUUGUGUGCAAACUACAAUGGCAUUCAGUCAGAUGAUUUUGUGAUUCAUCAAGAGGACUACACAGAAGACAUUGCUAUGUUUGCAAAUAGCUGGAUAGUGCAAACUCUAGAUGACCCAAAAUGUGUACCUACUCCCUCAGACUUUCCAAAUCCAUGUUCCAGUGGAAUGCCAGCAUUUGAGGCAAUCUUCUUCAAAUGCCAGAUAUUGCUGCAGUUCCCUUUUCUGAGCUGCCACGAAUACAUCGAUCCGUACUUAUAUAUUGCCAGCUGUGUGAAUGACCUGUGCAAAACUGAUGACGAUGAAACUUAUUGUCGAGCUGCCACUGAGUACGCUAGAGCCUGUUCGCACGCAGGCUUCCCCAUUCAAGACUGGAGGGAUGACUUCCCAGCAUGCACUGAUAAAUGUGACGACAGCUUUGUUCACCGGGACUGUAUCAGUUGUUGCCCUCCGAGCUGCACGUUUGAGAAGCAGUGUCUUGGGAGCAAUCUUCACUGCCUCGAUGGAUGCUAUUGUGCUGACGGUCUCAUAAUGGACAAUGGGACCUGCAUCUCCUUGGAAAGUUGCCCAUGUAGUUUCCAUGGGUUAGCUUAUUCAGUUGGUUCAAAAAUUGAGCAAGAGUGCACUGAGUGUGUUUGUGUUGGUGGAGUUUGGAACUGCACUGAGCAUGACUGUCCAGUCCAGUGCUCUGUUGUGGGUGAUUCUCAUUUCACCACCUUUGAUGGGCGCCAUUAUUCUUUUAUUGGCUUGUGCCAGUACAUCCUCGUGAAAGGAACUGGAAAAGAUAAAUUCACAAUUACCUUACAGAAAGCUCACUGUGAACAGAACCUGGGUUUGGUCUGCCUUCAGUCAAUAACUCUAAUUCUGGAGGAUGAUUUUAACAAACAAGUGACACUCAGUAGAGGAGGCCAAAUCCUCACCAGUCCCAACCAAGGCUUCACACUGAACGGCAUUGUUGAAAUUCAGACUCUGUCAUCCCUAUUCAUUCUUCUAAGAACCACAUUUGGUUUAAAGAUCUUGUUUGCUAUCGACGGAGAAAGAAUUUACAUUCAGCUCUCCAGUGCAUGGAAAAGAAGGACAUUAGGUCUGUGUGGCACCUUUAAUGGCAACAUCAGGGAUGAUUUUCUUUCUCCAUCAGGCAUGAUAGAAGGAACACCACAGCUUCAUGCCCACGCGUGGAGAGUUUCCUCCACUUGUUUCGCUCCUGUCCAUGUCCCGAUGGUCGACCCCUGUAAUAUUAACCAACAGAACAUUGGGUAUGCAGCGCACUGUGACGUCAUCCACCAGGAGCUCUUUGCUCCUUGUCAUGUCUACGUGAGUCCGGGGCUGUAUUAUCAGCUGUGCCGUCAUGAUGCAUGCAAGUGUGGAAGCUCCUGCCUGUGCAACGCUCUUGCCCACUAUGCCUACCUGUGUGGCCAGCGUGGGGUGCCCAUUGAUUUCAGAGCUCAGAUCUCAUUCUGUGCCGUGGUGUGUCAGAAGGGCAUGCUGUACCACCACUGUUCCUCGUUCUGCCGGCGUUCCUGCACCUCUCUCUCCUCCCUCGAGCAGUGCGACGACGAAUGUGCGGAAGGCUGUAACUGUCCUGAAGGCAAAUUCUAUGAGGACACACUUAACUUUUGUGUGCCCAUAUAUCAUUGCCGGUGUCAUUAUAGGGGGAGCAUUUAUCAGCCUGGGGAGCUUAUCCCAACACCUUCAGGAUUAUGCCAGUGUUCAAAUGGGACUGUGAAGUGUGAUGAGCCAGCAACGCCCUCUACUGUCCCCAUCUGCCCAGAAGGGAAGGAGUACUUUGACUGCAGGUUUCCUGACCCUGAAUUACCAGCUGGUGGUAUAAAUUGUGAGACCACGUGUGCAAACCUGGCCAUGAACUUCACCUGUGCUCCAUCCUCACCCUGCAUAAGUGGCUGUGUUUGUGCUUCGGGGAUGGCAGAACACAGAGGGAGAUGCUAUGUUCCUGACAGCUGUCCCUGCAUCUGGAAAGACUGGGAAUACGUCUCGGGGGAAGUCAUCUCUACGCCGUGUUACACCUGUGUUUGUCGGCGGGGGAUGUUCAAUUGCACAUAUUAUCCAUGUCCUGCUGUAUGCACAGUCUAUGGGGACCGGCAUUAUUAUUCCUUUGAUGGGUUGGAAUAUGACUAUAUCAGUGAUUGCCAGGUUUUUUUGAUAAAGAGUACAGAUGAUUCUGAUAUAUCUGUGAUUGCCCAGAACAAAAAAUGCUUUGACAAUGAUAUUGUUUGUUCUAAAAGUGUUUUGAUAUCCAUUGGGGACACUGAAAUCUACCUCAAUGAUGCUCCUUACAAACAGAAGCAAUCAGGUUUCUUCCUGGAAAGCGAACCUGCAUACCAGCUGUGGAAGGCUGGGCACUACAUCGUAGUGUACUUUCCAGAGGAAGAUAUCACCAUUCUGUGGGAUGAGAAGACAACCAUCCACAUCAAAGUUGGGCCGCAGUGGAAGAACAAGCUGGCAGGAUUGUGUGGGAACUUUGACAAAUGUACUUCAAAUGAUAUGACCACAUCUAAUAACCUGGAAGUGAGAAAUGCCCAGGUGUUUGGAGACAGUUGGGCCUUAGGUCAGUGUGAAGAUCCCAUUGAAGCCCUGAAGCCCUGCGAGGCACACCAAAACAAAUUUCCCUAUGCCAAGAAAGAAUGCUCCAUUUUGUACAGUGAUGUUUUUGCUCCCUGUCGCAACGUGAUCGACGUUACUUCUUUUGCCAAAAACUGCCAUGAGGAUACGUGUAACUGUAACCUCGGAGGGGACUGUGAAUGUCUAUGUACCAGUGUGGCGGCAUAUGCCUACAAAUGCUGCCAGGAAGGGGUGCCUGUUCACUGGAGGUCACCUACUGUUUGUGCUCUUGAUUGUGAAUAUUAUAAUGAAGGACUUGGCGAAGGACCAUAUAUGUUGGCAAGCUAUGGGCAGAGUGGCCUUGUUCUGGGUGCCAAUGUGACCAGUAGAAGCAUUUUCUCUUUGCCAAGAAGUAGUGAUCGUGGUAAUUUAUUUUUUAUUUUUAUGAUCACUCCGGGCCUUUUCAAAGAGAAGACAUCCUCAUUGGCUCUUGUUUCCCUGGAAUCUGCUGAAAGGCCAAAUUACUUUCUCUACGUCCACGACAAUGACACUCUUGGCUUGUCACUGUGGCAGGCAAAUCCAGCAUUUCGUCAGAGAGCAACAUUUUUCCACCAUCAAGGGCUUUGGAUCCCUGGUUAUAGUGCAUUUGAAUUAUACAGCAAGAAAGGCUUCUUCAUCGUUUUCAUGGAUUCUAGUGUCAAAGCAUCGAAAUAUGAUGAUUCGGAAGAAUUCAAGCAGUCAAGCAGCUUCAGCAUAGAAGAAAUCCAGGCAGUGGUGCCUUACAGGAGGAUGUGUGAGUGGAGAUAUCAACCUUGCGCUACUCCUUGUUUUAAAACAUGCAGUGACCCCGAAGCCCUAGCCUGUGCGUUCCUUCCACCGGUUGAAGGAUGCUUGCCCUACUGCCCCAAGCAUAUGAUCCUGGAUGAGGUGACCUUUAAAUGUGUUUAUCCAGAGGACUGUAUACCACUGAUUCCCACAGAACCAGCAUUAAUACCAGGUAAGGAACCCACCAACAUGGCUACUCCAUCAGACGUGACUCCAACCACAGGUUUCGAAUGUGAGCCUCAACAAUUUGAUCCUGUUUAUAACUGUAGCCAAUACAUCUGCCUUAAUAUGGAAUGGACCUUUUACAACUGGUCUCUGAACUGCCCAAAGGACGUGGAAAUGCCAGACUGUGGAUUCCGAGGAUGGCCUGUUCAAGUGAACACUGACAUAUGCUGUCCUGAGUGGGAAUGUCCCUGCCGGUGCUCCAUGUUAUCAGAGCUGAGCAUUAUUACAUUUGAUGGAAACAGUGCUGCACUGUCCAACAAGGCUUCUUACAUCUUAGUAAGAAUCCCCGGAGAAAUUGUAGUUGUUCACAUUGAAAAAUGUCCCAUAAAUCAGAAUGGAAAUGCCCUCAAAAAACCAGGUUCUUUUGGAAGAAUCUCAGGACUUUGUUUUAAGAAGCUAAAUGUGACAACAUCUAUACAUAAAAUACUUAUCAAUAGAGUAGCAAGAAAGGUAGACGUGGAUUCUAUUGUUGUGCCUUUGCCCUUUUCAAGUCAAGAGCUGCUCAUAGAAGAUUCGGGGACAAUGUAUGUGAUUACUACUCCUGCUGGGCUAGUCAUAAAGUGGGCUCACCUUACAGGGAUCAUAGACAUUCACUUCGGCCCCCGGUUUAACUUGUCGUCCUAUACAGAAGGACUCUGUGGAAUUUGCAAUGAUGAUCCAGACGAUGACCUCAGGAUGCAGAAUGGUACUAUUAUUACCAACAUGGAAGACAUAGAACUAUUUAUUGGGAGCUGGGAAAUUGAGAAAUCAUUUCAAGUAACAAUGAGAAGACCUGCUAGGAACUGUACUGAACAUGAUUGCAGCUACUGCAUUGAGUUAUUGAACAGAGACGUUUUCAUUCCAUGCCAUGACAAAGUCUCUCCGAGGGACUUUUGUGAAAAAAUGUGGAUCAACUACACCUAUCUCUGGAUCUAUGAAUGCGAUGCCGUUUCUGCCUAUGUGGCUCUGUGCAACAAAUUUGACAUCUGCAUUCAGUGGCGGACCCCUGAGUAUUGCCCUCUGAGCUGCCCUGAGGGGAAGGAAUAUCAGCCUUGUGUGAGACCAUGUGAAGCAAGGACAUGCCUCAAUAAAUGGUUCUAUGGACACACCACGUGUCUGAAUUUGAGAGAAGACUGUGUGUGCAAGAAUGGAACCAUUCUUCACCGGCCAGAUAAAACUCUGUGCAUCCCCGAGCGAGAAUGUGUAUGCACUGACAGUGAAGAUCGGCCCCACAUUGCUGGGGAGAUUUGGAAUGGGGGUAUUGAUGAAUGUGCCCUCUACAAAUGUUUGGAGGAUGGGAGGAUUGUUCCUAUCGAGCCUGUCUGUGAAGAAGAGCCCUCCCCCAUUUGUGAAAGAGAAGCUGAAGUUGUCCUGGGCUUUGUUGAUGAGCUGACCUGUUGUUCUAAAGAAGUCUGUGGCUGUGACAUGACGUUGUGUGACAUGACCAUUCCAGUAUGCACGGGCAGUCAGAAGUUGAUUGUUGGCUAUAGUGCUCUUUCUUGCUGCCCACAGUAUGAAUGUGAGUGUGAUACAUUGAAAUGCCCCAAUAUUUCAACACCAGCUUGCAGAGAAGACCAGUUUACACUUCAGGUCCGACAAGGAGAACCUUGCUGUUUCUACCCUUUCUGUGUUUGUGAAACAUGCACUGAACCAGCUCCACAGUGUACCGAUGGGGAAUUCCUCACAGUGGAUCUGAACACUACACAUUUAUGUUGUCCACAGUACUACUGUGUUUGUGAGCCAAACCUCUGUCCUCCACCAUUACUUGACUGUGCAAAAGAUAUGAAUCUGGUGAAGGAAAAUAUAUCUGGACAGUGUUGCCCAAACUGGCAUUGUGAGUGCAACUGUGAAAAUCUUGUCAUGCCAACGUGUGAAGUGGGAGAAUUUCCCACGAUAGAUCAGAACUUUCAGAGUGACUGUGGAUGUGUACAGUAUCUUUGUGAAAAGGAUGAUGUGUGUGUGUUUCAAGAAGUAUCAGUAUUGAGUCCUGGACAAUCCCUGACAAAGUAUUUGGAAGGGGACUUUUGUUACUCGAUAGACUGUCUGGAAGAAAAAGAUAACAAUACAGGCUUUCAUACUUUGAAUGCUACAAUGGUGAAUUGCUCAAAAGACUGCGAUGUUCACCAGAUGUACACUCCAUCCCCCAGUGAUUAUGAUUGCUGUGGAACCUGUAAAAACGUAUCCUGCAAAUUUCAGAUGGAAAAUGGAACAUCAGUUAUAUAUGAGGAAGGGAGCACAUGGCACUAUAAUUGCACCACAUAUGAAUGUGUUAAGACUGAUGAGGGAGCACUGAUUCUAAACUACAGCAUGGUCUGCCCUCCUUUUAAUGAGACUGAAUGCAAACUGAAUGAAGGAAUUGUAAAGCUUUACAAUGAAGGCUGUUGCAAGAUCUGCAAACGAGAAGAAAGAGUAUGCCAGAAAGUGAUCAUUAAAUCCAUCAUAAAGAAACAGGACUGUGUAAGCCAGAGCUCUAUCAAUGUUGCAUCCUGUGAUGGAAAAUGCCCAUCAGCGACCAUAUAUAACAUCAACGUUGAAAGUCACCUGAGGUUCUGCAAGUGCUGUCGUGAAAAUGGAGUGCGAAACGUAACUGUGCCUCUGCACUGCUCAGGAAAUGGCACAGAGGUUAUGUACACACUCCAGGAACCUAUAGACUGCACAUGCCAGUGGAAUUAGGCUCUUGCCUUUGAAGAACUCUAUACAAUAGUGUCAUGGCAGGCAACAUCGGCUCAUCACUGUUAUUUAGGCACAUAACAGACUUACACGAUAUAAGAAUAAUGGUGUCCUUAACACUAUUGGAAUUUGACAACCUAACAGCUGGUACAAACUGUGUAUAGUUUCAAUGGAAAAAAAAUCAAUUUGUAGUUUUAUUUCAGAGAAUAAAAUUAUUCCAAGUUGUUAAGUUGGAAUGCUGUUAUAUUUAUAACUGCAUUGUGGGGUGAAUUUAAAUAUUCCUAUAAAGUGGAAGACUUGUUGCAGAAUUCCUUCUAUUUCAGUCCCUAGUUCUCUUUCUUUUGUUUUGAUUUUCAGUCUGCCAUGGCUGUCUAUAUUGAGGCAGACUUUAAUUUCUACUGCAUACUCUGGCCAAUGUGAUCGGUUAUAAUUGGCUGAUAGACAACCACAGAGAGUUGUGUGCUUAGACACAGAACAUAGAACCACAGGUUGUUAGCUUAGUGAAUACUUCAACAAAUAUUAGGAAUGUUACUGCUAACCCCUCUCAUUUUUCAGGCGUGACAUUACCAUAACACUUUUGUGACGUCUACAAAUACAUGUAGUAACAAUGUGGUAAAGUUAUGUAAACAAUCUAGACUAUUUUCUAAGUCUUUUUUAUUCUGGUUUCAUGCUCUUUUAUUGUAAAUGACACAGAAAGGUGAAAAAAAAGUCACAGAACCUUCCAUUAUUAAAUAGUACUGGAUAGGAUUAAAAAGCUUACAUCUAAUAUCCAUUUAGAAUGCCACAUAUGAAAUAAUAAUUAUUUAAAUUAAUAAGGAACAGGAAAAUAACAUCAGUCACUACACAGAGGAAGACCUGGAGCUAUAUUUUUUAUACCAUUAAAAUUAUUAACUAUAUUGUUACUAUUUAACAUUUAGUUCCUUUAUUUAUCACUGGGGGCUGUUUCUAAAUAUAUCUGUACACUAUGAAACCUGAGAGCUCUUUUUGCCAUUAAAGCUGCUGCUAUGUCAGUGAGGAGUGAUAGAAAAAUUAUCUGAAUGUAUUCAUAAUGUUAGAACUGGAGGCUGUGAAUCAUUGACAUUUGCAAAUAAUCUGAUCUGAGAUCUUUGCAAACUCCUGAAUUCUUUGUGGCAGGGAGUGUAUAAUUAUUUGAGUAUGAUUGUGAAUACCAAUGAAGUUCAAUGUCAAUAAAAGGACAUUAAAAUUGCGUUGAAAAGCUUAAUAAGCUAGGGUUAGUUUGAGCUAAGUGACUUGUUUUCAGACAUUAAUGUUUCCAUUUAAAAGUUAUACUUUCAAGAAAUACUGUAAUUAUGAAGUGUUUGGAUUUCCAGGGUUGCUUAGAAAUGGGUGAGUAUUAUCUGGAAAAUCCCAACGUCUACUGUACAUAAAAAAAUGAUUUACCUUGUUCGUUCUAAUACCAGUAUUUUUUUUAGAUAUAAACCUUUCUGCAUCUAUGACUAUUAGCAUAGAGAUUGAAGUAAGUGAUUUUGUUUAAAUAUAUUAAAGUUUUACAUAAAAUGUCAUGUAUCUCAAGCAGAAGUAAGUAAUAUAUGUUAUCUAUUAUUUUCUUUUAAAUUCCACUCUCUAUUAUUAAAUAUUAACUGAUCUUUAAACCUAUUUGUAGGGAGAAGAGAAAUAUUCUUCUGGUAUUUUAUAAACAACAAAUAAAAUAAAUACAUAUUGAAGUUCUGUGAUGUGUUUGGUGCUGUUCUAAACAUACACAGUCUUUGCUUCUGUUCAACUUAAGGUUUAAAAAGAAUGCAGUCUUCAACUAGUUAUAAAUAUGAAGAAAUCUAGGAGACCUGAAAGCUUAUAGGAGUAUAGUGUAAGAUAUCUUUCAAGUCAACAGAAAAGCAAAGAUGGACUUUCAGUGAUUGCUAUUGGAACAGCUGAAUCAUCACUUGAACAAAAAUUAUUUGGGUUUAUUUAUUCACUGACAUCAGAAUACACUGAAAAUAAAUUCAUAAUUUCUAUGUGAAAUGAACCAAUAGAAGUUCUAACAGAGAAAUAGGGAAGAGAUUAAUUGUCAACUUGUCCAGGGGGAAAAAUCGUUCUAAGUUUGACUCAAUAUACAGCAGCCUCCACACAAGGAUUAAUAAAUUUAAUAAGAAAAUGACAUGAGCAAAAUCUGCAUGACAAUGAGAAAUGUCAAAAGAACACUGAAACCAGAAUGGUGGUGUUUCAUGGACAGGGCUAACAUUCCUGCAUGCAAAAAGCUCCUGAAAAACCAUAGGAGAAUACACCUGACAAGAAAUGUAGGCCAUAUGCAGAUUGUUCAAAGAGAAAAAAAAUAAUACUGGUGGAGAUUUAAAAUCAAUGCUGAAGUAGAAUCACUUUCCCACCAAGCUGGAAAAAAGUAAGAUUAAUAAUACUUUGUUUAAAAAAAUGUGUGAAGGUAAGUCUCUUGUAUUAUUGCUGAUGACUAAAAAAUGUAGAAAUCUUAAGGAAGACUUAGCAAUAUACAUUGAUAUUAGAGGGGUGUUUUUGUUUGGUCAUCCCAUGAAGGAAAUAGAUCCUAGACAGUGCAUCUGUAUAAACACAAACUGGCAAUUGCCCAAGGCUAUCAAUUUUUUAUUAGAAAGCUUUGUAAUCAAACCAACAAAAAUUGAAUAAAUUUUGUAAAUCAGUGAUGGAACACUAUGAUGACUGUGGAUGAAACAGAGAGAGAUACAGUCAUGUGAGUUGAUCUCUAGAAUUUAGUUGGGUUACAGGGAUCUGAACUCAGGAUUUUGUGUUUGUGUGGGAAUCACUGUACUCACUGAACCAUUUCUUCAGAUGAAGGCAGCCUUUAUGUUUCAUUUUCUAAUUUUCACCACCAUCUAUUAAUUUAAAUAUUAUUUAUGAAAUCCAGUAUGAUAAUGCAAUACAUGGGACAAAGUGGUAUAACGAUAAAGUCAAGGCCAUUUUAUCUUCUCAAGCGUUAGUCAUUUCUUCCUGUUGGGAACCUUUGGACUGUACUAAUUACUUUGCAAUAUAGUACCAGCUCUUAUAAAGUAUUGUUACCCUGCUGUGCUGUAGAGCACCAGGGCACCCCCCCAUUUAGCUGUAUUGGGGUGCUUGUUUCCUAAUCUCCCCAUCAUCUUUCCUCACUGCUCCUAGCAUCACUGUUUCCCCCCAUCUUCUUCCAUGAGGUCCGUGUUUUUGCUUCCAUAGAUGAUUGACGGUGCCCGAUACUGGCCUCUUCUGCCUAGUUUAUUUAAUUUGCUAUGAUGAAAACUUCCGACAAGGCCUAUAAAGGGAAGAGAGAAAGUGCCGUGCUAAAUGUACAGCAAGAUCUAACUUGGAUCGUCUGAAGUACAGUGGUAGGUUGAGGCCCGAGGCUGAGUCAGGAAUCAAGUGACCAGAUGUUUCUACACAACAUGCACCACGUACCAAAGACCUGUGGUGAGAAAGGAGCAUGCCUGGGAAUCUAACAUUCUUUUUGUGCAUUUGAGGAUUUCAGUGGUAUAAGAAGUGGCUGGUUAAGUAGGCUGGGAGGCCAAAUAAUUAGGGAUUGGAAAAAUACAACACCUGUAGGUUAGAUGGAAAAUGGUAGAGGGCACAUGGAGAAAGCUGUAUAUGAUAUGUUUUGGAGGCAAAGUUUAAAGGACUUGGUAAUCACUAUGGUGCCAGCAUAGUUGGGAGAAUUCCUCUGCAAUUGAGGAUUGGGUUGGUGGGUGGAUGGUGGGAAUUUGUUGGGCAGGUAGGGAAAAAGGUUUAGAAUUCUGUUUCCAUCCUGCUGUCUGGUCUAUGAAACAACUGAGUAAAAUUAUUAGUUUCUACCCAUUUCCAUUGGUCUAGUGGCAAGAAGAGAGAGUCCUGUCAGGAGUUAUUAAGCAAGAAACUGCAUAAAAGUAUGAUAUUGAAGUUAGUGAGGGCAAGAGUAUAGAGAAAGGAAAACAGAACCCACAAUUAAGUAAAAAGAUCUCUUCCACUUAGAGGUCAUGCAAAAAGAGCUAAGGUAGGAGGCUGAGAAAGAAGAGGGAGAGGCUAAUGUAAAGCUUGGAGUGGUAAUGGGGAGGUCACAGAAAUCCAGAGAAUGCAAGAGACUGGAGUAAUCUGUUAAGGGCUAAUGGGAAAACCAAUUUAUAGAGGCAGAGCUCGCCAUUAUUAUUAUUAUUAUUAUUAUUAUUAUUAUUAUUAUUAUUAUUAUUAUAAGCCAUGUUGAAGAUACAAAAAAGUGAUUGACAGGCAGUGAAUUUUCAAUGUGCUCAUCACACUGCUCUCACUGCUCGCACAUCACACUCAUCCUUCUACACCUGGCAGCAUUGGGUACUCUUGGACCUCGGUGCUUGCUUUUCUACCCUGCUGCCGAGGAACCAGGCAAGCGGUGCCCAGGCAACUCUGGCUUCCCCACUGCUUAUGGAACCCCUCAGAGCACAGCCUGUGAAUGGCCCAGAGCCCUAGGUGAAGCAGUCUGACAAAGAGGGGGGGGAUUCACUUCCUGUGAGAUGAACCUGUGAGUGACAGGUGGAGAACCAGCAGGAAAUCCUGCUUCUCCCAACUGUGCUCUCUCCUAAGGUGCCUGGCUUCCACUUGACCUUUGGAUGUCUUCCAAGCUUCCUGGAGGGUGUGCCUUGCUAUCUAGCAAUGACUUGUGCUUAAUCUAUGCCUCACCUUACUUCUCUCAAACCAAUUCCUUCUAGAGUCUUCCCUUCAGUAUAUACACGUACAUUUUGUGUAAAUAUUUCCCGAUUAGCUAGGGAAUAUGAGAAGAUACAAUUUUUAGCAUAUUAAAUCAAUAAAGAUUUUUAGCCAUUUCCAAUGCCAUUUUGAGAAGAGUGAGAAUCAAAUUCUCACAUACUGUUUGUGGUUUGUUUUUUUUUUGCUCAGCCCUAGCUUAUGCUUGUGUUACUAGCCAUCUCUUAUAACUUAUUUUAACCUGUUUCUUUUAAGCUAUGUUUUUGUCUCAGGGCUUUUUACCUUCCUUUCAUUUUGUAUGUCUUACUCUCACUGUUUUCUCUGUGUCUGUGUCUGUUUGUCUGUCAGCUGCCUGGUUGAUUGAUGCCGGUCAUGGCUGGCUCCCUCUUUUUCUCCCUAGUUCUCUCCUGCCCAGCCCCGCCUAUUCCUCUACUAUUCCCCGCCUAUUCCUCUAGCUAUUGACUGUUCAGCUUUUUAUUCGACCAAUCAGGUGCCUUAGGCAGGCAAAGCAACACAUCUUUACAUCAUUAGACAAAUGAAGCAUAAGCAAAUGUAACACAUCUUUGCCUAGUUAAAGUAAUAGUCCACAACAUAGAACCCUCCAUCCACCUGGGAAUUAAGCAACCUGAGUAGAGUUCGUUAAUAUAGUUACCCGAUUUCAGAUGAUUUUCCCAUCUUAGAGCUCCUAAUCUGGGUAUAGGCACAAACAUAUAAACAGUAAGUAUUUAUACUACAGCAGAACAGUGUUCUAGAAAACAGAAGUUCAGAUGUUGGUGGUUUGUUACUUUCAGUGAGUGAUAUGUCAGGGCUCCGUGAAAGAGAGAGAAAAAAGAAGCCGAACAGUGGAUGUGGUGAGGGGGCAUUGUAGAUCACAGAUGGGCUUCUCAGUAAGCACUCUACACACAGAUCACUUGCUUAUUUCAAAAACAUAAUUCUGGGUAACCCAAAGAAACUUGUGGAAUCCAAAAGGAGACAAGAUCCAGAUAUUAAUUUUUUUAGAAGUAACCAGAGAGGAUAGAUCACAAAUGUACUUUGGAGAGACAAUUCUGAGUUGUCCGUGGGAGUCAUCCAGCUGGACAAAUACCUCUCCUGAAGC